GGCGAUCCGAGGUGUGCUGCUGCCGCUGCUGCCGCCGCCGCCGCCGCCGCCGCGGAACCGGUGCUGCGGCGACGCCCGCGUCCCUGCUGUCUUCCUCGGGUUCCCCGGGGCUUGACCCCCGGGGCCCUCGGCAGGCGUCGGUGAAGAGCCUGCGGAGCGAACCUGUGCUCCCGUAGCCGCCUUCCACGACCUCAUAUCGCGACUCCGAGGAGGGGGAGCGAGAGGAGCUGUCGCGACUCCGCGCCGUGUGUCGCCGGGCGGGGCCGCGGGGCCGGGGCUCCUCCAGCCCCCGGGAUGCGCGCGCGAGCCCUCGCCUCCACUUCCUUGUUGCCGCUGUCACGACUGGAGCCGCUUCUCGCCGACAGCGGGGAGCGCGAGUGCGCCGGCCAGCCCCCUCGUCGAGCCCUCGGGCCGGACGCCUCCGGGAAUGUGAGCCGCGCGGCGUGCACGCUCCUCCGGCCAUGGAUGCAUCAUAUGAUGGUACUGAGGUAACUGUCGUGAUGGAGGAAAUUGAGGAAGCCUACUGUUAUACCUCUCCUGGGCCACCCAAGAAGAAGAAAAAGUAUAAAAUACAUGGAGAAAAGGCCAAGAAACCCAGGUCGGCUUACCUUCUCUACUAUUACGACAUCUACUUGAAAGUGCAGCAGGAGCUCCCCCACCUCCCUCAAUCCGAGAUCAAUAAGAAGAUUAGUGAAAGUUGGAGGCUCCUGAGUGUGGCUGAGAGGAGUUAUUAUCUGGAGAAAGCCAAACUAGAGAAAGAAGGUUUGGAUCCUAACUCUAAGCUCUCUGCACUGACUGCUGUGGUUCCGGACAUCCCAGGUUUCCGCAAGAUCCUCCCCCGCUCAGAUUACAUCAUCAUCCCCAAGAGCAGCCUACAGGAGGAUCGGAACUGCCCUCAGCUAGAGCUUUGUGUGGCCCAGAACCAGAUAUCCCCUAAAGGGCCAUCUCUUGUGUCCAGUGCUGCCCCGGAGGCAGUGCCCAGCCAUGCAGGCAUGGCAGAGCAGUGCCUGGCUGUGGAGGCCCUAGCUGAGGAGGUGGGAGCCCUUGCCCAGCCAGGUGCUGUACAAGAGAUCGCUACCUCAGAGAUCCUCAGCCAGGAUGUGCUCCUGGAGGAGGCUUCCCUGGAGGUAGGAGAGAGCCACCAACCGUACCAGACAAGCCUGGUGAUUGAAGAGACCUUAGUGAACGGCUCACCGGACCUCCCCACCGGAAGCCUGGCUGUGCCCCACCCCCAGGUUGGGGAGAGCAUGUCAGUGGUAACUGUCAUGAGGGAUCCCAGUGAGAGUAGCUCCUCUGCGCCAGCCACGCAGUUCAUCAUGUUGCCUCUUCCUGCCUACUCAGUUGUGGAGAACCCCACCUCCAUCAAACUGGUCACUGAAUAUAUUCGUAGGGGCCAUGGGACAUGCACCAGCCCAGGUUGCUCCUUUACCUAUGUCACCAGGCACAAACCACCUAAGUGCCCUAUCUGUGGUAACUUCCUAGGAGGGAAGUGGAUCCCAAAGGAAAAGCCAGCCAAAGUCAAAGUGGAAUUGGCUCCUGGUGUCUCCUCCAAAGGUUCGGUGGUUAAAAGAAAUCAGCAGCCUGUCACCACUGAGCAAAACUCCUCUAAGGAAAAUGCCUCCAAACUGACUCUGGAGAACUCAGAAGCUGUAAGCCAGCUCCUAAGUGUAGCUCCUCCGAGAGAAGUGGGUGAGGAGAAUGAGUGGGAGGAAGUGAUCAUCUCAGAUGCCCAUGUUUUGGUCAAGGAAGCUCCUGGGAAUCGUGGUACGGCAGCCACGAAGACGCCGGUGGUCAAGAAUGGUGUGCCGCCUGAGGUCUCUCUGGGGACAACUGAGAAUGACAGUCCAGGACCAGACAUACCACCACCAGCUGAGAGGACCAGCACCUCCAGUCCUCCCCUGCUCCCAAAAGCCUGCAGAGUUGACCCGCUCACCCCUGGGCUCAGAGCCCCUGAGCUUAAGGGCAAAGCUCGGGGCAAGCCCUCAUUACUGGCUGCGGCAAGACCCAUGAGAGCAAUUCUCCCAGCCCCAUCUAAUGUGGGCCGAGGCAACAGCAUGGGACUGUCCAGGGCCAGGCAGGCCUUUCCCCUGAGUGAUAAAACCCCCUCUGUGAGGACUUGUGGCCUGAAGCCAAGCACGCUAAAGCAGCUGGGCCAGCCAAUCCAACUCUCACACAGCAGCGAAGUGAAGCUAACAAAUGGCCCGGGCAGUCGGACGUCACAAGUAAAAGUUGUAGAAGUCAAGCCUGAUCUGUUUCCUCCAUACAAGUACAGCUGCACUGUAACGCUGGAUUUGGGCCUCGCUACUUCAAGAGGCCGGGGAAAGUGCAAGAAUCCCUCUUGUAACUACGUCUACACCAACCGACAUAAACCACGGAUUUGUCCCAGCUGUGGUUUUAACCUUGCUAAAGACCGGACUGAGAAAACCACCAAGGCUCUUGAGGUCAGCUCACCGCUCCCAGAUGUGCUGAGUGCCACAGAGCCCCUGAGCCUGGCCCAGAGGGAGGUGCAGCGCCAGUCCACUCUGCAGCUGCUGCGCAAAGUCCUGCAGAUUCCUGAGAACGAGUCUGAGCUGGCUGAGGUCUUCGCCUUGAUUCACGAACUCAACAGCUCUCGACUCAUUCUGUCCAACGUGAGUGAAGAGACGGUCACCAUCGAGCAGACCUCUUGGUCGAAUUAUUAUGAGUCUCCGUCCACGCAGUGCCUACUCUGUAGCAGCCCAUUAUUCAAAGGGGGACAAAACUCCCUGGCCGGGCCCCAGGAGUGCUGGCUGCUGACAGCCAGCCGGCUACAGGUGGUGACUGCCCAGGUGAAGAUGUGUCUGAACCCUCAUUGUCUGGCCCUGCACAGCUUCACGGACAUCUAUGCAGGUCUCUUUAAUGUGGGGAACAAGCUACUAGUGAGCCUGGACUUGCUCUUUGCAACGAACCAGAUCAAGUUGGGGGAGGACCCCAGAGUGUCCAUCAGCACUGUUCUGAAGUCAGUGCAGGAGCAGACAGGUACAGACCUGACCUUGGAGGAGCUGAGCCAGCUGCAGGAGCUGCUGUGCAAUGGCUAUUGGGCUUUCGAGUGCCUCACUGUCCGAGACUACAAUGACAUGAUCUGUGGCAUCUGUGGUGUGGCUCCCAAAGUGGAAACCCAGAGGAAUGAAGAAAAUGUGUUGGCACUGAAGAGUGUGGAAUUCACCUGGCCCGAGUUCUUGGGCCCUAGUGGUAACGUGGAGGACUUUUGGGCCACAAUGGAGACAGAGGUGAUUGAGCAGGUGGCCUUCCCUGCCAGCAUCCCUAUCACCAAGUUUGAUGUUGUUAUUGCCCCCUUCUUUCCACCGCUCAUGAGAGGAGCUGUGGUCGUCAACACUGAGAAGAAAAAAAACCUGGAUGUGCAGCCAGUACCUGGCCAUGGCAGUGCCUUGGUGAGGCUACUCCACGAGGGCACCUGCAAGCUUGAGGAGAUUGGCUCCUACAGUGAGGAGGAGCUACGGCACUUGCUGAGGCAGUGUGGCUCCCCUUGGGGACAGAAGACUCAAGACUCAAAUGAACAGCUCUGCUUCUCCUUGUUGGCCCUCUAUGAAUCUGUACAGAAUGGAACCAGAGUUAGACAGCCCCCACCUCAUCUCACGGGGGGUAAAAUCUACAAGGUGUGCCCUGCCCAGGUGAUCUGUGGCUCCAAGUAUCUCGUGCGGGGCGAAAGUGCCCGCGACCAUGUGGAUCUGCUGGUCUCUUCCCGCCAUUGGCCACCUGUCUACGUGGUAGACAUGGCCACACCAGUGGCCCUGUGUGCUGACCUCUGCUACCCAGAGCUGACCAACCAGAUGUGGGGGAGGAACCAGGGCUGCUUCUCUAGUCCUGCGGAGCCACCUGUGAGCGUAUCCUGCCCAGAGCUCUUGGACCAGCAUUAUACUGUGGACGUGAUGGAGGCUGAGCACUCCGUCCAGCACCCGGCCACCAAGACUGCCGCACGGCACAUUGUCCAUAUAGACACACAGUCCAGUCUUGGUGACCCCAGUACCGGGCACCACUCUUCAGCCCUAUGCCCUGAGUUAGCACCCUACGCAGCCGUCCUGGCCUCCAUUGCAGACAGCAAACCAAACAGUGUCCGCCAGCGGCCCAUUGCCUUUGACAAUGCCACCCACUAUUACCUCUACAACCGCCUCAUGGACUUCCUCACCAGCCGCGAAAUCGUCAACCGGCAGAUCCAUGACAUCGUGCAGAGCUGCCAGCCUGGCGAGGUGGUCAUCCGCGACACCAACCUCUACCGCCUUGGGGUUGCUCAGAUCAAGACAGAGGCUGAGGAGGGUGAGGAAGAGGAGGUGGCUGCAGUGACAGUAUAAGCCAGGCUCUUGCACCGGGACUGGGACUGCACCAUCUCAAGCCAUAGUGAGGCCCUUGCCCGAGGCAGAUCCAUCCAGGGAACCAGCGGGAAUGUUCACCUUUGGGGAGGCCUCUGAUGCUGGGACUGACCAAAGAGCUUCCCUUUCCUGAGCAUGGUGGGGCACGGGAGCCAUGGUUCUCAAUCUCCUGGGGGUCAGGAGAAGCACCAGGACACUCCUUACUAGCC